CGGGUGGAUUAUUUUAAAAAGAAAAGAAAAAGGAAGUUGAUGGAAAUUAAAAAUAACAGCUAAGCAGCCAUAUUUCUCAGGGCCUGAGCGCGAUCGAAUGAUUAGCACGACCUUUGGGUGUCAGUCGUAUGCCCGGCAAUUCACUGCAGCUGUUUACCCUCCAAAAAAUCCCAAAAUUCCAAAUCACGGCGCCUUUUUUUACGAAUCCCCUUCUGGGUCUUGCUUUACAGUCCUCGAAUCGAAUUGGGUUAAUUUCAAUUUCAAAAUUCUGAUUUGAUCCGAUCUCAAUUCUUCAUAAACUCUGUCUCUUUCUGUUUACGACUUUUCAGACUUACUUGUGUUUCUGUAGAGUCCACUACUAGGUCAGUAAGUAGGGGUAGGGUUUCUGAAAGCAAAAGGUAGAGAGCAGAAGAUCAUGGAGCUCAGCGCCUUCUGGGUCCACGUGUCUGUCACGUGACUCUGAAGAUUUUCCUUUUGUUUCAGUCGUCGUCUUCCCUGAUCCUCUCUCUCUCUCUCUCUCUCUUUCCCCCCCUUCUCUAUGUUUGUGUGUAUAUGGCUUACCACCAGCAGCAGCAGCAGCAACAGCAAGGAGGUGGGCAGCUGUUCAAUUCCCCGUUCGGGGACACGACGUUGACGAAGGUGUUCGUGGGGGGGCUGGCCUGGGAGACCCAGAGCGACACUCUACGACGUCACUUCGAGCAGUUCGGCGACAUCCUCGAGGCCGUCGUCAUCACCGAUAAGAACACCGCCCGAUCCAAAGGCUAUGGCUUUGUCACAUUUCGUGAUCCCGAAUUUGCAAGAAGGGCUUGUUUGGAUCCCAAUCCUCUGAUCGAUGGCCGCAGAGCCAACUGCAAUCUUGCCUCUCUGGGUCGUCCCCGCCAACCUUUCCCUUUUCAUGGGCAAUUGAGAUCACCAGCUCCAAUCCUCGGUCGUGUGCAACCGCCUCGAGCUGCUUACAUGGGAAGCCCCAACCCUGCUUACCACCACCCUAUUCCUCAUGGUUACCAGCCUGGGUUCGUGUACCCAUCUUAUGGGUACACAGGAUAUGGACCUGAAUUUGUCUAUCCACAGGGUGCCUACAGUCCUUACAUGACUCAGCAGCAGUACCUUCAGAUAUAUGGGGUACCAGGCACCGUUAACCCUGGCGUAUAUUCAUAUGGACAAUUGGGUCAUUCACUCCCCGGGAGUCAUGGGUAUGCAACGGUUCAAAACUAUGGAGUUCCAGGUCAUCAUGUAAUGCAAUUUGGCGGCUCCAAUGUCGGUGCCGCAUCCCCAGCUGCCAUUCCGACGAUUCAAACACCAUAUCCUGCAGGUAUAAUUGCACCAGCUCCAGGACACACGCAGAUUAUGCUUCCUACUAAUUCUCCUCAGUUCACCAGUGGUUCCGAUCAAACUGCAGGUUGAGUGGUAAAUCAGAAAGGUCACAUCUUGAGGUCAUUCAUGGUGGUCAUCAGAGAUACUGCAAAGUCAGCUGUUAGAUGUUAGGAGGGUGGAAGAGCAUCAUGGGUUGUUGCUUUUUCACCUGGUGGUGUCUGUAAAAUAUGCCGUUGCUGUGCCACGUGGCUGAAAGCCGCUUGGCGCGAUAUUAUGGGUCAUUGCUGUUUGCCGGAAAUAUGGUUUUCCGGCUGCUACAGCGUAAUAAGAAUGUAAAUGUGUAAAUAACCCUAAACCCUCCCCUGUAUCAAAGAAAGAAUCAAAUACGAUUCGUUUCAGGGACUUGGGACCCAACAUAUGGGUUCACAGUCAAUUGUCUAGUCUCUCUCACACAUUGUAUUCAGCAGAAAAAGUCAUUGUUCAAUUUGAAUUUGUCUAUUCAAUCCGCAUUUCGUCA